CUCGAAGGUAAAACAUACAUCAAAUAAAAAAUCAGCUCUCCCCUCUUAAAAAUCUCUACUCAAAACGAGAACCAAAAAAAAAAAAAAAGGAAAAAUCCCUAAACGAUGCAGGAACCAGAGCUUCAUGAUUUAUCAGACGACGCCGAUUACGCCGCGUCUCAACAACAAGGAUCAGCGAGUAUGAUGCGGUGCGACCGUGGGAAAAGAAGCUCGUCGAGUGAACCGGAGGGAGCCGAAAUUGUUUAUCUGAAAGAUAAUGUUACAAUUCAUCCUACUCAGUUUGCCUCUGAGCGGAUUAGUGGCAGAUUAAAGUUAAUUAAGCAAGGCUCUUCUCUCUUCAUGACAUGGAUUCCAUACAAAGGGCAAAGUACAAAUGCGAGGCUGUCUGAGAAAGAUAGGAAUCUUUAUACCAUCAGCCCAGUGCCGUUUGCUGAUGUGAGGUCCAUCCGAAGACACACUCCAGCUCUUGGGUGGCAGUACAUAAUUGUUGUUUUGUCAUCUGGACUUGCAUUUCCUCCCCUUUACUUCUAUAAUGGAGGUGUUCGAGAGUUCCUUGCUACAGUAAAACAACACGUUUUUCUUGUGAGGUCAGCGGAAGAUGCCAAUGUAUUUCUUGCGAACGACUUCGAAAAUCCUCUGCGGAGAACUUUGUCUUCAUUGGAGCUUCCCAGGGCAGUUUCCAUUGCAAGUGUGCCAUCAACACCUGUUUCAGUUAGGGAGUCUACUUCACGUGAAAAUGAAGAGAGGACUGAUGUAGGUGUCCGUGAUGAAAAUGCUAGUACAUCUCGGUACAAUGGAAGGCAGAGGCAAAAGGUUCAUGAUCCUGCUCGAGACUUAUCAAUUCAUGUUUUGGAGAAGUUUUCUCUUGUAACCAAGUUUGCCCGAGAAACAACAUCGCAGCUGUUCUGGGAGACACAUAGUAAUGGUUUUGAUGCUUUUGAGAGGACAAACACUAACCAGUCUGUCCUUGAUUAUAAUCACAAAGUUGACGAAGAUGAGGAACUUCCUGUUAAAAGCCCUGUUGCUCCAGAUCCUCUUGAGCUGGAAAGAUUUCAAGUUCUAUGCCAGGACCACCCGAUGCCAACCUCUACCCUUGUUAAACAGAAAGCCCCAUAUAGGAAACACAAUCAUGAUGAUGAAGCUGCCACCAAUGUGGGGACAUUUGAGCUAAUCGAUUUUAAGGAGUUUGACAAACUAUCACUAGUGUGGGGAAAACCCCGACAGCCACCUUUGGGGUUAGAAGAGUGGGCCACAUUCUUGGAUUCCGAAGGACGUGUGGUGGAUUCAAAAGCUUUAAGGAAAAGAAUAUUUUAUGGAGGAAUUGAACACAAAUUACGAAGAGAGGUCUGGGCAAUAUUGUUGGGAUAUCAUACAUACGAAUCAACCUAUGCGGAGAGGAAAUAUCUAAGGUCUAUCAAAAAGACAGAAUAUGAGACUAUAAAAAACCAGUGGCAGAGUAUUUCUCCUGAACAGGCAAAAAGAUUUACGAAGUUCAGAGAGAGGAAAGGCCUUAUAGAGAAAGAUGUGGUAAGGACUGACAGAUCGCUCUUUUUCUAUGAGGGGGAUGACAAUCCAAACGUGAAUCUUUUACGUGAUAUUCUGUUGACCUACUCUUUCUACAACUUUGAUCUUGGUUACUGUCAGGGUAUGAGCGAUCUGCUCUCCCCUAUUUUGUUUGUAAUGGAGGAGGAGUCAGAAUCAUUUUGGUGUUUUGUGGCACUGAUGGAACGCCUUGGGCCCAAUUUUAAUCGUGACCAAAACGGCAUGCACACUCAGCUCUUUGCAUUAUCUAAGCUGGUGGAGUUGUUAGACAUCCCAUUGCAUAACUAUUUCAAGCAGAAUGAUUGCUUGAAUUAUUUCUUCUGUUUCCGCUGGAUUUUGAUACAGUUUAAAAGGGAAUUUGAAUAUGAGAAAACAAUGCGAUUGUGGGAAGUAUUGUGGACACAUUAUUUGUCGGAGCACCUCCAUCUGUAUGUGUGUGUUGCUGUAUUGAAGCGCUAUCGUGGCAAGAUAAUGGGAGAGCAAAUGGACUUUGACACCCUCUUGAAGUUCAUCAAUGAGCUGAGUGGUCAGAUUGACCUUGAUGCAACUCUCAGGGAUGCAGAGGCCUUAUGCAUAUGUGCAGGCGAGAAUGGAGCUGCUUGCAUCCCUCCUGGAACUCCACCCUCAUUACCUGUUGACAAUGGUUUAUUUUACUCUCAACAAGAUGAAGUAUUGUAAAUGUUAUCCCUUUCUGGGGAGCAUAUGUCAAAUUAAUAUUCAUAGUCUUAUAUUUUGGCAACACUUUCUUGCUCUUGUAAUUAGCCGAUUUUUCCAAAACAGUGCUAAUGGAUGGAUCAUAUUCUGAUGAAAUCAAUUUAGUAUGCUUUCCUUUUUUUGUUGUU